GACUCUUUUCUCAUGGGCGAGCAUGCGUUUCCUCCUAUUUCAGGAACUGACAGUAAGUCUGCGUUUCUCUUCCAGAAUUUAUCUUCCGCACAACACAUCACAGCAAGUCAAAAUUUAUCUGUACCACCAACUCUCAUACAUUCUUCUUCUUGUCUCAACUAACAAAAUCAACACUCAACAUGGCUCCUGCUACUGCUAUUGAGAAGCUUUUGAAAUCCGUCAGAAAAGAUCAAAAGUCUCGCGGUCGUGGUCAAUGGGCUGAACCCUUCCCUCACGACAAGGUCGCGAAACCAAAAAUCCGCGUCACGAAGGUCAUCAAGCACCGUCCUCAACCUAUCAAGGACUUCAUGAGUAUUCAAAGUCUAUACGAUCGUCAGGAGGAGAGGCUCGUCAUCUCUACUCCCAAGGCAGAAGUUUCACUCGCUACUCCAAAGGCCAAAGUCGUACUGCCUCCUCCGAGAGUCAUCGACCGUCCAACUUCUAAGGUUCAGGUCCUUCUCCCCAAUGUCAGAACCAAGGUUACCGCUCAAGCAUCCAAGGUAUCCAAGGUAUCCAAGGCAUCCAAGGCUCCAGUGACCAUCACCAGCCGUGCUACAACGCACGCUGUCAACUCAGCUCCAGCUCACAAGCGCGAGUCUCGCUGCGACUCUUACUCCCCAAUACUCGCCACCACUUCCAAGGUCAGACCACCCCACAGCAGAACUAUCAGCAAUACCUCAUCAGCAUCAGCAGGCAGCUUGAAAAGCAGCUCUUGCUCCGUCACAAGCGUCAAGGGAGUCCACCUUCUCCUUGCCAUCAUCCCUGAAGACCAACACGCUGCCUGGCUCGAGGACUGGGACACCUUGUGUGUUCUCUCUGGCGACAACUUCCCCGCCUACUACUCCAGCAUCGAAACUGGAUUUGACUCCGCUGGCAUUCAGCUCUAUGCCGAUUGCGAAAACAAGCUCAUGGCUGAUAUGCUGAGGAACAAGCUCUUCGGCGAAGAGAUUCUCGGUCAUGAGCUGAUCUGUAAGAUCGUCUAAGGAAGGAAUGAUUUCAAGAACACAUGUGUUUGAGUAUACUACACUGGGAGUUUGGAGUUUUAUAUGGAUGUUUGUUUGAAGGG